AUGUCUGGUCGAGGCAAGGGCGGGAAGGGUCUUGGCAAAGGCGGAGCCAAGCGCCAUCGCAAGGUUCUGCGCGACAACAUCCAGGGCAUCACCAAGCCCGCAAUCCGGCGCUUGGCCCGCCGUGGCGGAGUUAAGCGCAUCUCCGGUCUCAUCUACGAGGAGACUCGCGGGGUGCUCAAGGUGUUCCUGGAGAACGUAAUCCGCGACGCUGUCACCUACACCGAGCACGCUAAGCGGAAGACGGUCACCGCCAUGGACGUGGUCUACGCGCUCAAGCGCCAGGGUCGCACUCUCUACGGCUUUGGCGGCUGA